AGGUCAAAAAUCUCGAUAUAACUCUCAUAUACUUUCUGACCAUUUAACAGAAACUGUGAUGAUAAUAAUCUAUAAAGAUAUGUGCCUAAUUUGUGAAGUUAAAGUUAAUUGAUAAUAGAUAAAUUUAUGCAUCAUCAUUAUAAUUGAUUAUAAUUACAAAAUACGUUAACUCAAAGUUAUUAAUAAUCGAAUGCUACUUUUUACAAUUAUAACCUAAAAUUUGUAUUACUGUUAUUUUAUUUUCAUUCUUCCGUCAUAACAAUGUCUUUUAAGAAGGAUUUAAAGUUACUUUUACGUCCAUAUUAUUUAAUUAAUAUUAUUCUUAGUGUCUCUUAUAUCUUUACUAAAAGACUUCCUUUCAUUUGUCAUUAUAUAUUUCCACAAUCAGAAUGUGAACUUGAUGGAAAAGAAACAGAAAUUCUGUUUUUCCUCAUGAUAGUAAUAAUGAUUAGGACACGAAAAACUGGAAGCGUAACUAUGAUCAAUUAUUUAUCAUCCAGUUUUGUUUACACUAAGGUUGCCAAUUUGGUUUUAUGGUUUUAUGCUGACAUACGCAUGGGAAUUUUAUUUGCAAUUAUUUUUAUCCUAUGUGGUUUAAUAUUGCCCGAACCUACAUAUCAAGGACCAGAAAAUAUUAUUUAUUUACGUGGUGCAAGUGGGUUGCAAGAAGAGUUAAUGCGAGAUACUAAAAUAGUUUGGGUUGUAGCAUUCUAUACUGCAUGGAAUCCAGCUUGCGUUAACUUUGCUCCAAUUUUUUCCGAACUUUCAGCAGAAUAUGCUUUGGACAAUUUGAAAUUUGGUAAAGUAGAUAUAGGAAGAUAUCCUGAUGCAGGUGUUAAAUAUCAUAUUAGUGAUGCUAGUACCAGCAAACAGUUGCCUACUGUGAUAUUAUUUAAAGAUGGAAAGGAAAUAGAAAGAAGACCACAUGCUGAUCAUAAGGGCAAACUCGUCAAAUUUCUUUUUUCUAUGGAUAACGUAAAAGCAGCAUUUGAUCUUAACAAUGUCUAUAGAGAAUGUAAGAAGAAUCAUACUAAAAGAAAAGAAAAGAAAGCAAUAAAGACUGAGUAAUACUAUUUAAAUAUUUAAUAGUAUUAGAUAGUAAACUUUAUUAGAAAUGGUUUCUACUAUGUAGAAAAUCAUUCAAUAUAAUCUUUAUAAACCAAAGCUUAGCUCAAAAUAAAUUUCAAAGCUCUGUAAAUACUUCCAUUAGAUCCAUUAUCUUUAUAAGAAAUUUUGGUAACAGUCAAGUUUACUGUUAUAUUUUUAGUGUUAAUCUGUUAUAUAUAAAUUUUCUU